AUGAAGCUUCGACUGUUCCUGCCUUUGCUCCUGAUGGCGAUGACAACGACCGCUCAAAUGAGCACUAUAUACGUCACCAGAAACAUCCUCAAGCAAGCCGGCGACAUGUACAGCAGUCAGCACGAUAUAGUCAACUUGGUCGUGCCUCCUAAUAGGGAAUCCUUUUGGGAUAAAUAUGAUAAUAGUAUCUGGACGUACAUGCUUUUAGGUUUAGACGCUUACUUCUUUGUCGAAGCCGAUAACAAUAAUGGUGAAAGAGAAUACCACGGUUUGUACUUAUAUAGGAGUCAAAACGUUACUAAACUAUUAGAUAAUGGACGAGAUGCUACCGCAUUUGCUACUGGAAGCGAAGCUUACUUAGCAGCCACGGACGGUAUCUAUGUAUUUGACUACAAAAACGGUACUAUUAAAAAAUAUGGAACCCUCACUGAUAAUAUAAUCCAAAUAGAAGCAAAUUACAAAACUGGUGUCCUAUAUUUUGUGUCAAACGACCAUCAAGUAUUCACCGUUGCUGAUGAAGGAACGAAGAAGAAUAAAGUUAAUAUUAAUGACGCUCAAGAAAUAGCCUUUGAUUUCAACAAUAACAUGUAUUACUAUGAUGGUAAGAAAGACUUGUACGUGUUAAACCAAGAUGGAAAUAAGAAAAUUGAAGGAAUACCUAAAGGAGGUGAAAUUAUCCUGGUAAAACCGACGUGGAGAAAUAUGGGCGUAUUUGCUGUUGUGGGUAAUGAUGUAUAUUUGCUAAAUGCCAAUGGAAGCGCUAGAAAAAUAAAUGUAGUUCUGCAAAUUAAACCUACCGCUUAUGCUCAGCAAUCUACAAAUUAUUUAUAUUUCGCGUUAGACAAAACUAUAUUUAGAUUUCAAGCCGAACGUGUUCAUCUUUCUCACAUUGCUGAUUUGGAUGAAUAUUAUGAUGUGAUUAAUUACCAAGAUUAUAAUGGCUUAGGUUUCGGAAAUCCUUCGCAAGAAAAUUGA